AGACCAGUGAGUGGUUAUGAACCUGAAUUCACUUCACUGCUACUUCACUGGUUAACUACUGUUUUAUAGGAUCCACCGAUGAUAAUCAUUUGUACUAGUAUGUUUCUUCUGUUACAGUAAAUAAAAGAUUGGAUUAACUUAAACGAGUUUUUCUAAGGUUUAAGAUUUCAAAGUGAAUAACUGUUGAAUUUUGUUUCUCUAUCUCUCUCUCUCUCUCUCUCUCCAAGAAGAAGAAGAAGACUGUCGGUGUUUAAUUCACAAUAAAUAGGAUAGUCUGGGUAGUCAGAAUUUUAAUUUGUCAGCUGACAAAACUGGGUUUUUAGAUUCCGGCAUACUUGAUUAGCCGGAGGAAAGCAAAGUCUUUUUUUCAGGAUGUUCGACCCGAAAACGCGUGCAUUCUUAAAUGUGCUUAUCAUUCUAUGUAUUACACUGAAGACAAAUGGGUUUUACGUAGGAAUCACAUACGUCGAAAAUGCCAUUGCAAAAGGAGCUGUUUGUUUGGAUGGCAGUCCACCAGCUUAUCAUAUGGACAAAGGAUUUGGCGCCGGAAUUAACAAUUGGCUUGUUCAUAUUGAGGGGGGAGGAUGGUGCAACAAUGCCACGACUUGCCUUGCACGUAAAAAUAACCGUUUAGGUUCUUCAAAGCAAAUGAUUAAGCAAAUUGCUUUUUCGGGUCUUUUGCAUAACAAGGAAACAUUCAACCCUGACUUCUAUAACUGGAAUAGGAUUAAAGUCCGUUAUUGUGAUGGAUCUUCAUUUACCGGAGAUGUUGAAGCAGUAGAUCCAGCCACCAAUCUUCACUACAGAGGAGGAAGGGUUUGGCUUGCUGUUAUUGAGGAUUUACUAGCGAAAGGGAUGAAAAAUGCUGAAAAUGCCAUUCUUUCUGGAUGUUCCGCUGGUGGUUUAACUUCUAUUCUUCAUUGCGAUAACUUCCGUGGCCUAAUGCCAGCGAGUACCAAAGUAAAAUGUCUUGCAGAUGCUGGAUAUUUUAUAAACACGAAAGAUCUUUCGGGUGCAAUGCACAUACAAGGGUUCUAUGCCGACGUUGUGAAGACCCAUGGCUCAGCAAAGAAUUUGCCUGUAUCAUGCACUUCAAAAGUGGAUCCAAGUCUGUGUUUUUUCCCCCAGUAUGCCGCGCAACAGAUCCGUACACCACUUUUUAUAUUAAAUGCGGCCUAUGAUUCAUGGCAGAUAAAGAACAUUUUGGCACCUGGUGUUUCUGAUCCGCAUGGAACUUGGCAUUCCUGCAAGCUUGAUAUAAAGAAUUGUUCUCCAUCUCAAAUCCAAACUAUGCAAGGUUUCAGGAUGGAGUUUUUAAGUGCACUGGGACUACUAGGAAAUUCUACGGUGAGGGGAGCAUUCAUAAACUCAUGCUACGCUCAUUGCCAAUCAGAAAUGCAGGAAACGUGGUUAAGAGAUGAUUCACCCGUAUUGGACAAAAAGCCAAUUGCAAAGGCUAUUGGAGACUGGUAUUAUGAUCGGACUCCAUUCGAUAAGAUUGAUUGUCCGUACCCUUGUGACUCAACUUGUCACAAUCGUAUUUUUGAAUAAAACAAAAAUUCAAGAAUAUAAUUGAAGGAAUAUGUAUAUGGGCGAUUAUUAAUUAUAGGAUUAAAUCACUUCAAAAAUAAAAGAAUUAUCAAGGUAAAAUCAAUCUGUCAUUACUGAAUAAUCAAGUCUUGGUAAUAAGCAAUUGCGUUUUAUUUUCGUGCCUUGAAUUAUUGUUAUUUAUGUAUGAAUUUUUGAUUAAAUUGUUCAAGAAAUAUUAAUAUUUGUGAUUUUUGUUAAA